AUGAACCCCAGCAUUGUGAAUUCUCGCAGAGUAAUCAUUCGCAUCCUGUCAUCGUCCGCGAUCGAUUUCGAGGCUCAGCCGAUAGAGUUCAGAACACGUACUGGAAGGAAUCCAAGUCCCCGCGCCAUGGAAGGUCAACGUGGAUCAAAAACCAGAGACGGUAGAUGGGAGUGAUUGAUGAUAAUCGGUGCAUGGGCAGUCAUGACGUUAAGCGCUUGUUCUUUUUUUUUUUUUUUUAAUGUCAAAUUUAUAGUCUAUCGGGGCGAAGCCCCAUGUCAGACGUUACAACUUCGUAGACUACCUAAGGCCCCUAGUGCCUGUAAUUCCUGACCCCCUACGGACCACCUCUUGCACUGGAGAGGGCACGCCCAUGGCGAUCAUUCCCCCUCCUAGUCCGGCAUGGAAACGCCGUUUAGAGAUGAUGAUCAUUCUCGGAGCCGGAAGAGCCCAAGAAUUCGGCCUGUAUGACAUCGUUUAGUGACCGAAUAAUGAGAAGAGGUGAUUGGGAGGUGGUUAUAAAUUUGACAGCAAGGGAUGUUUUCACGUAUAACAAGUCUUCAUGGAAA